CUACUUCUAUCAACAUAACAAGUAGUUUCUACUUAUUUGGUUGAAAUGGAUGCCACCAAAAUGCAUUUCCUUUCAGAAAAUUUGCCGGAUCAGAGCCUUUUCUUCCAAAUAAUCCCUUACCAAACAUGCUCAUUAAUAAAUUUUCCAUCCAAGGGAUAUCCGCCGACCGCCGGUGCCCUAAUUUGUACCGGGGCACGGGCAUAGAGCACACUAACCAACCUUAAGGUAAAUUCAAAGAUCACCCGGUACAAAUUCAGAUCCUAAACACAACACUGCAAAGAUCAUUAAAUGAAUAUGCAAAAGAUAACGGCGACAUUGCUAAAAUGCGCCUGCUCAUUAAUGGAACUCUGCAUUAUCUCCAACAUUUUGACUAUCCAACAACCCUAAAUGACAAAAGUGGCCUUGAAUUUCAUACAAUUUCACAGGGAAGACAAAGAUGACUGAUUUACAGUCAUACCAAACAAGAACUUCCUUUGAAUUCACAUCUUUGAACUCAAAAUCUGGAGCCCAAUCAGAGCAAACGCAAAUACACAACAGAAAUCCUACAAAAGCGUCUCAGGAAACUGCAUAAAUAAGCUUAUAUUUGAGAAUCUUCUUACACACAUUGAAGAAACAGAGCCAAAUAUCCAGAAAUAUAUAUUACAGAGAAUUACCGCUACUGUUCUCAUGCUAUAAAAACAAAGCAAAUAAUGUCUAGGAAAUCCAAGGAGGAAAAACCAAGAAAGGUAAAAACUGAAAUUUAAGGUAAAAACAAGAAGAAGUAUCAAGGUUUCCAAAUCUUAAGCUCAAAAACGCAGCAGCCACUUUAAGGAACAUCCGGAAGGUAUUGCAAAGAAAUUUUGGCGUUGGAAUGUUGAAGUUAGUGAGUUAAUCGUCGGAAUAAUGUUCAUCGACAUACCCGAAAUUCUGGACAGCAACUUUCUAUUGACUUCAGGUCCGAUUUACGCUAUCUUACAUAUGUUAAAACGAAAUACUUUCUAUACGAAAGUUGUAGCCUUACAUCUUAGGAAUCCACAGAAUCAAACGGUUUGCAAUUUCGUGAAGAAACAAUGGAGAUAUGCCCAAAUUACCGCAGGUUGUCCAGUUGUGACGGAAAUGACAAAGAUGGCGAAUUUCGAUGUUGUUUCCACUCCCGCUCAUCCGUAAGGUUUAGGCUUAUGAUUUCCAGGUCUGUACCCUUGCGUUAGACUUGUCGAAUCAUUCAUUACAUACGUACAUGAACAUAUAUAUUAAUCCAUAUGUUGAAACCAUCCCAAAAUAUAUAUGUGAUGCAUAUAUAAGUCAUCUAUAUGUUGAGAUCAAAAUACACCAAAUCCAUAAAGUUAAUGUUGGUCUUAUGGGGGACCAUCGAUCACCCUUAGGGAUUCGCUACUGUGCUAGUCACGGUAUCGGGUACUGACAGCCCAACCUGACGAGGUACACGAGUCGUGUAUCUUGCGAAGCCCCUCUUGUCCAUCCACCGCUCAGUAGUGGGGCUCCGCACUGCCGUAGUGAACUAUAGGGGGUGCCCUAUAUGAAUCUACCUUGGCUUGGGCUACAGAGAGAUGUGGUUAAAUACAAAGUGUCCACCUUC